UCUAGUUUACCUUCUCCUCUUGGAAGUUAACGAUUGGCGAGAUCUUGGCUGCGUUAUUGACACAACACUUUCUAUUGAUAGAAAUAAGUAGUGAUUGUCCCGGAGUCAUUGGUGCGCCAAGAACUCUGCGAUGGGCUGGCAGGAGUCCAUUGGGCUGGGCAGGCAGGUUCGGCUGGUGAUGCUGGGGAGGAGGCGGAGGAGGCUGCUGGUGGUGACGGUGCCCGUCCUCCUCUCGGCAGGUCUGUGACAAGCGGAGAACAAGGCGACGACCGAGGAGCCCAGCCCUGGCUGACAGACGCUGGCGACUCAGACAUGGACAGUAGCUGCCACAACGCGCCCACCAAAAUGUUAGCGACUGCUCCAGCCCGGGGCAACGUGAUGAGCACACCCAAACCCUUGGCCUUCUCCAUCGAGCGAAUCAUGGCGCGCACCCCUGAGCCCAAGGCCCUGCCAGUCCCCCACUUCCUGCAGGGAGCCAUGCCCAAAGGGGAUCCCAAGCAUUCUCUGCAUCUCAACUCGACGAUCCCCUGCAUGAUUCCCUUCGUGCCUGUGGCCUACGACACAAGCUCCAAGGCAGGAGUGACGGGCUCGGAGCCACGGAAGACAAGUCUCGAGGCUCCGGCGGCACCCGCGAUGGCGCCCUCGGCGCCCGCGUUCAGCUGCAGCGACCUGCUUAACUGCGCACUGAGUCUCAAGGGCGACCUGGCCCGCGAAGCUCUGCCCCUGCAGCAGUACAAACUGGUAAGGCCGCGUGUGGUCAACCACUCUUCCUUCCACGCCAUGGGCGCCUUGUGCUACCUGAACCGAGGUGACGGCCCGUGCCAUCCGGCUGCCGGAGUGAACAUUCACCCGGUGGCCUCCUACUUUCUCAGUUCCCCUUUGCACCCGCAGCCAAAAACGUAUUUAGCCGAAAGGAAUAAACUGGUGGUCCCGGCGGUGGAAAAGUACCCAGCGGGAGUAGCUUUCAAAGACCUGUCCCAAGCUCAGCUGCAGCAUUACAUGAAAGAGAGUGCCCAGCUUCUGUCGGAAAAAAUUGCAUUCAAAACCUCGGAAUUCAGCCGAGGAUCUCCUAAUGCCAAACCCAAAGUUUUCACUUGUGAAGUGUGCGGAAAGGUCUUUAACGCACACUAUAACUUAACCCGUCACAUGCCGGUGCACACAGGAGCCAGACCUUUCGUUUGCAAAGUGUGUGGAAAAGGCUUCCGACAAGCCAGUACCCUGUGCAGGCACAAGAUCAUUCACACGCAGGAAAAACCUCACAAAUGCAACCAGUGUGGUAAAGCAUUUAAUAGAAGUUCCACUUUAAACACGCAUACCCGAAUACACGCAGGCUACAAACCAUUUGUGUGCGAAUUCUGUGGCAAAGGAUUUCAUCAAAAAGGGAAUUACAAAAACCACAAGUUGACCCACAGCGGGGAGAAGCAGUUCAAGUGCAAUAUCUGCAACAAGGCUUUCCACCAGGUUUACAACCUCACUUUCCACAUGCACACCCACAAUGAUAAGAAGCCUUUCACCUGCCCCACCUGUGGCAAGGGCUUCUGCAGGAACUUUGACCUCAAGAAACACGUCCGUAAGCUGCAUGACAGCAGCCUGGGGCUGGCCCGAACGCCCGCGGGGGAACCAGGCAGCGACCCGCCACCCCCGUUACAGCAGCAGCCUCCCGCGACUCUGCCGCCUCUGCAGGCUCCGCUGCCGCCUGCUGGGCCUCUGCAGCCCGGGCUCCACCAGUGAUCUCCGCCAAGGCUCCUCCCAACCCCAGUCAGGAACCCUGCGGCAAAGGCAGCGCAGAUGGGAGCUGGACCUCCUAGUCCAAGCUCCUCUGCAGAAUCCAGGGGAUGAUGGGCCCCGCACUUUAGGGUGGACCGGAAGCCUCUGCAUUCCUCGACCUUUCGCCUCUUGCAUGCAUCUGCUAAAUGGUUUUGUGUAUUAUAUUCUAAAUAGGCACUAACAAUUAUGAGAAAUUUGGGAGGGUUUGUUCUAUGAUAUUUUUAAUUUGGAAAGACUUUUCAUCUAGGGAUGAUGGUGUUUCAUCUUGGGAUGAUGGGAGAGAUGGUGUUUAUUUUGUUUUUAAAACAAAUUUCUGCUGUAUUUAUUGAGAUCUGUAUUAUUCUCCUUGGGAAUGCUGCAUCAUUUUAAUUUUAUUAUUGUAUAUAUUUCCAUUGUGUUGAUUCUGCCAUCUCAAGAUGCCUGCUGAUUGUCAUUUCCUCUUCCCUUGCCAUAACAGCGUGUGUAUGUUCUAUAUACACACAUAUAGAUGUGUGUACCUGUAAAGGUGCACUCCACAAAUCUGAGCACACACAUAAUGCAUAUAUACACAUAUUAGAUAAGAGUGGUUCAUUAUUAAUGAAUUUGAAUUUCAAUUUUGAUUCUUGCACGUGAAAGUUGAUUCAUUGACUUUUGGAAAUAAAUACUUGGA